CGGAGACGGCGGCGACGCGGCGGCGAUGACGCAGCAAGGGGCGGCGCUCCAGAGCUACAACAACGAGCUGGUCAAAUGCAUUGAGGACCUUUCCCUCAAACGGGACGAGCUGAGCAAGCAGAUCCGCCAGGAGGAAGAGGAGAAAGCGAAGCUCCAGAACGACAUCCGGGUUUUGACGGACAAGCUGUCGCGCGUCAACGAGAGCCUGGCGCGCAAGAUGGCGUCGCGCAACGAGUUCGACCGGACCAUCGCCGAGACGGAGGCGGCGUACAUGAAGAUCCUGGAGAGCUCCCAGACCCUCCUCAACGUCCUGCGCAAGGAGGCCGGCAACCUGGCCAAGGCGGCGGAGGCGAAAGGCGCCAAGGAGGCCUGA